AUGGAGUCCGUGGCCCUGUACAGCUUCCAGGCCACGGAGAGUGAUGAGCUGGCCUUCAACAAGGGGGACACGCUCAAGAUCCUGAACAUGGAAGAUGAUCAGAACUGGUACAAGGCUGAGCUGCGAGGUGCUGAGGGCUUUAUUCCCAAGAACUACAUCCGCGUCAAGCCCCACCCGUGGUACUCGGGCAGGAUUUCCCGGCAACUGGCCGAAGAGAUUCUGAUGAAGCGGAACCACCUGGGAGCCUUCCUGAUCCGGGAGAGCGAGAGCUCCCCAGGGGAGUUCUCUGUCUCCGUGAACUACGGCGACCAGGUACAGCACUUCAAGGUGCUGCGCGAGGCCUCGGGCAAGUACUACCUGUGGGAAGAGAAGUUCAACUCCCUGAAUGAGCUGGUCGACUUCUACCGCACCACCACCAUCGCCAAGCAGCGGCAGGUUUUCCUGCGGGAUGAGGAGCCCCUGCUCAAGCCCCGCAUCCAGCCCAGGCUCUAG